CCGCGGAUAGCGUCACCCGGAGUCGCUCCCCUACAGUUUCGCCGAUUGAAACCUAUUCCUCGCUGCCUCCACCCGUGUUGCAGUUCUCUGACCUCUCUCAAUUCGCCGUUCCGCAACCAAUGACCUCCAAUUACGACGACCACGACCUCCCCCAACAGCGACCUGACAGCAGGAGGGCGCCACGCCGGGUCCGUGACUUUUUCUCAGUGCCUGCUCCUGUAAAGCGCGUGUUCGACCGCUUUCCCUUGCUCACAUACCCUGCAAAUGAUCUCCCACAUCACGCCGGGUCGGGGCGAAGCGGAAAUCAAUUAUUUGUCUUCAUCGAUGCCGCGGGAGCUCGACGGGGGCGGCCGUCUUUCAACCCCCAAUGCCUGAAGUGGCAGGCUUACCUCAGAUUCAUGGGCAUCGAUUUCGAGCUCGUCCCUUCGAACAACCAUGCGUCCCCAUCCGGCUUCCUUCCUUUCCUCCUUCCGGCACUCCCAGUCGGUACUGACGCGCCGAUUCCUUCCAAUAAAUUACAAAAUUGGGCCAUUGAGGAAGUUCACUGCGAAGAAGAACAGCAAUUGAAUGUGCGCUUCGAAGUAUAUUCGUCCUUACUGGAUACCAGGAUACGAAAUGCUUGGCUCUACCAUCUCUACCUAAAUCACGAGAAUUUUGAGGCUGUUGCGCGACGUCUUUAUGUUGAUCCCUCGACUACUAAUACCGCCGUCCGCUUCGCGUUAGCAGCACAAUUGCAGCAGGCUGCGCGGGAUGAACUCCUUAAGUCAUCACCAUAUAUCGAUGCCGGUGCUUUAGAGGCCGAAGCGGCUGAAGCUUUUGAAGCGCUCUCUACGGUACUCGGCGAUAAGGAUUACUUUUUCGAGCGGCCUAAUCCGGGACUGUUCGACGCCAGUGUGUUUGCAUAUACGCAUCUGAUACUGGACCAAAAGAUGGGCUGGAAGUAUAACCGGCUGCAGCAGCUAUUAUCACAGUAUAAAAAUCUUGUUCAACAUCGAGCGCGGCUAUUGGAAUUCUUCUAG